AUGCCAGGGAAAAGGAGCCGUCGAGCGUCGUCCAGUGGCCAGAGGCGGACCCGCUCCCGCACUGCCCGAGCCGAGCUGUCGUUCUCCGUGAGCCUCAUGGAGCGUCUCCUGAGGGAGGGCCACUACGCCCAGCGCCUGGGCUCGUCCGCACCGGUCUUCCUAGCGGCCGUCAUCCAGUACCUGACGGCCAUGGUCCUGGAGCUGGCAGGCAACGAGGCCCAGAACAGCGGCGGGAGCCGCAUCACCCCGGAGCUCGUGGACAUGGCCGUCCACAACAACGCGCUGCUCAGCGGCUUCCUCGGGACUACGACCAUCUCCCAGGUGGCCCCGGACUCGGACUAG